CAUUCUCGUCAUUCGAGCGUGUUGCACAUCCAGCGUUCUUUAACACUCCGCCGCUCCUUCCUUUCACUGCAACAGGAAGGCUGCUGGGAAAUUGCCUCGUCUUAACAACCAACGACCAGUGAUUGGACCACAAUCAUCACGUCACCAUGGCUGCCCCGAUUUCUCCUUCCAUGGGGCCCAUCCACCAGCCAGCCUCCCCUCAUCCCGGUCGGUCACGCAAACUCUCCAUGCGCAAGAGCUUUGUUUCAACCCCACUACCCCCGGGUCUCGAGUCACCACGUAUGCCUUUGCCUCCUCAGGACACUGAGACGUUUCGCUACGACCCCGCCUUCCUUCCCCGAUGGACUCCCGACCAUGCUCUCUGGAUCCGUCUUCCCGACGAGCUACGGAGUGCGCUCACCAAGUUGCAGCGUGCCGGUGCUGCCGUACUGACUGACUAUGAAAGAUUGGAAUCUCUGAGCGGAGAAAUCGGUUUUGGAUCGGACAGUCCUGAAGAUGAAAUGAUGCUCCAGCUUGAGGACAGUGUGUCCAGCUUCUCCAGUUUCGAUCGUGUCUCGCGGCCCCCUCUCCGUUCCGACUCAAGCGCAUCUUCCUCUGCAACCUUCUCUGUCAGAUCCUCGCGGUCGCCCUCGCCUCCCACGUCCCUGUCUCAAACCACAUCGUCGCUCUCUCCGAGCUGCCUGACCCCGUCCGAAAUCUCGUGCCCGCCCGUCCUGGCCCGUGGCCUUCCUCGGGAACGGUCUUUCUCGACGCCCCAGGAUCCCCAAAACGCCAAAUACGUUGCCGAGCUUUCUCACAUUCGCACCAUUUCAAUUCCGCGUCUCCGUCACGCAGCGCGUCAGGUGGAUGGAGUCUUGACAACCAUCCGCACCGACGGCGGUUUGGAAUCCGACGACCUGAACGACUUUGAGAACUGGUGGGCCGAGAAGCAUUACGCAAUCACCAGCCUCGAGGAUAAGACGAAGCGCCUGUGCGCAGCCGCGAACGUCCCUUCUAGUGGCGUGGGAUGGACUGCGCCGUGACUGGCAGACCUUCAAACGAACCAAUUGCCCCGCGGUUCCGCCUUGUCGUCUGCAAUCCGUUGCGUUGAGGGGCGUUGGUAUCGACUUCUCAAAAGGUCAAUUGUAUGAGGUCGUUUAUGACGGAGGCCGUUUCGGCGAAGACUGCCUCUUUUUCUCUUCGGUUUCAGUGGUUACUAAAGGCGUUCAGGUGUGUGUACGGCCGGUGUUACCAUAGUGUAUGGAAUCUUC